CCACGAUCAGCGCGCAGCACUAAUUAAGCCACUACAAAGGUAAACUACAGGCCACCUCUGCCUCAACUUACACCAGCGCCAGCGCUUUGCGACACCUGCGAUUCCGUCAACACAACCGAAACCAUGGCUGCAGAAAAGAUUUCCCUAUAUAACCUCGCCGAUCUCAAGAACACGGCCGACGAUGCGAUUCCCAACUACCUCAACUCUCUAAAAUUCAAGCAGACACACUUCCUGAGCGACGUGCGGCUAGGGCUUGGAUACACUGCAUUCGUCAUUUGCGCAGCAUGUUUCGCAUGGGACUACAAGCUGGGCUUUGAGGACACCAAAAUCUACACAGCCAUCGCGGUGGCCCUCUAUACUCUUCUAAACGGUGCUCUGACAUUCUGGAUGAUGUUUGUCGAGAAGGGCGUUGUAUACCAGGGGACUUCACCAUCUGGAGAGAAGAUCACAGUAGUCAGCACAACGAAGAAGCUGGAUCCCACCUACAGACUCUCCAUUACCGUCACAGACAAAUCCGCAAAGUCACACAUCAUCGAGGUGGCCAAGCCAUUCGCCUCCUUCUUCGACGAGAGCGGCUACUUUGUGGCCGUUCCAUUCCAGGAGAUUCUAGCUACAGCAGUCCCCGUCAUCGGCAAGCUAGACCCCAGACGCAUCAAAUCAGAAUCCCAGGACAUGCUGAAUGCGAACCCUGAACUUUUGGAUGCGAUUCUCGCGGCAAACAAUGGUGCAUCUACGGGAGUAGACGCAUCAGAAGGUGGGAAGCGACGAAAGGCGUAAGCGAGGGGGCAGCAUGGAAAGGGGCAAUUGCUCGAAAAUGUACUUGAAGAAUUAAAAAAAAUGAAAGGAGCUAGCGCGUAUCUAAAUCAUAAAGCUUGAUGCCUUAUUCAUCUACUUGGCCAAAAAUGCGAUUUGUGCUGGGAAGAUGCCAUGUGUCUUGU